AUGCCCAUUCCCAAGGAGUUCUUGGAUAUCACUUGGGACGGAUUGUCGGCACGCGAAGUCUUGCAAUUGGUUAUUGACAGAAUCAAGAUUCUCGCCAACAGCGAGGAGUCUGAAAAAAUUACGGAAGUGCAGGAGAAGUUCCGGCACUUCCUGGACCAUUGGCGCGUGGCAAACACGGUCAUCUGGAGAGAUCAGCUUUCGAAGAACGUCGGAGAACCUGCUACCUACAAACUGCUCACCAAGACCUUGGCAGCCGUUGAGGAGAGUAAUAAGACGACCAAGACCUCCGUGGAAUCGCUUUCGGAGGUAGUGGUAGCGGGUAUCCAUGGACAAGCAUCAGACAAGGCGCCCCCAAAUACAGUGGAAAAGAAGUGGCCCACAAGGCUCUCCUAUGAGAAGAGAGUUGCUGGUACUACGGCCUCAGCUCAGCUUCCCACCCUCUGGCACGAGCUAGCAAAGUGUAAAAAGCACGAAUCAAUUGGAAUUGUGCAGUCCCUGCUGGACGAUGAGGCCGAGAAACUGAACCUCAAUCUGGAAUUCAGUGUUUCAGCCCAAGUAAUCAAGUGCCUGGUGGAAUUGGAAUUUUGUCCGUGCAACGACGUUGAAAAGGGUUUGAACAUGUUUAAUAGGGUCUGUUUCCAGCACUACAAAAAUGCAAACGCAAUCAACAAUUACAACAAGAGCGAUUAUUGGUUGACGGGCAAAAAGACGACCGCUUCAAUGAAGGAUCAUCAAGCCCACGACAAGAUCAAGCAUGCUAUCUUCCCAAAGGAUCCCAUGCAGUUCCAUGAGAUGGUCAAUGGUAUGCGGGUAUUCUACCGUGUAGUGUUUGGGAAAACUCAUCCACUGUACAAAAAGUUUGCAAAGAAUGUGGAUUCAAUCGCACAAAAAAUGGGAGUGUCCCAGCAGGAGCGAGCACUCAAGCGAUUUCUCUUUGGAAUCUAUUCCCGAAUUGAUUGUUACUUUGAGCGUUUGGUAAGAUCCGGCACAAACGCAGAAGAGAACCUACCCGACUUGGGCACUUACAUGGAGACAUGCUACCAUGGAGGAAGCCUACCAGAGUCAAACUUGUUUGUCGUCGCAAACGACUCUGUCAGACUUGGUGGAACAGGAGACAAGACUGACAGUCAGCUGCAGAGAGAGAAGGAAAGGGCCCAGAAGAAGAGCCUGGGCGAAUCAGUAAAAAAUCCUGACAUGAACAAAGAACAUCGCUACACCGGAAGAACUACUACUGAGUUAAUCAAACGGACAGGCGAACAGCCCCCAAAGCAUGCCAACGGAAAGGAACUGUGCCUCAUUUGGCACACAAAAGGGCGAAUGCAAGGUGCACUGUGA